AUUUGCAUGAACGGCUUGAUCCGUUUCGGAGCACCCUGGUAUAUUCACUGGCCUCAUACACUUGGCAGCAGUCAUCAGUCKUAUGACAAAGACCUAGCGAUGUUAGCACCUUAUUGGUCACUGGUCGAUAUCUAUUCCUUUAAUUUAGGAAUUUCUAAUAUAUACUAUCAAGUGUACGAUUCUUCAGUGAAUACGUUGAAGACAAGAAACGUYCUUGCAAGAGCAACAUUUGAUGUUAACAGACUUAAUCCACAGCCUCUCCGAACAAAGUUCCAAGCGUCWUGGGUUUUGGUUGUAACGUGGAGCAGGCUUCGUCACGCUAACAGGAAUUCUCAAACACGUGUUCUGUACAACACUUUCCAAGCUGUCAUAAUCACUAAUGGGGUGUACACUUUUGCCAUGUAUAACUAYCCACCCAAUGGUAUUCAAUGGUCAGCGCCCACCGCAAGUGUUAAUUACAAUCGAUUCUGGAACUCGAGAGGACUUCCUGUAGUUGGAUUUAGCGCAGGAAAUAGAUUUAGCUACAUCAUUCCGAGAUCUGGAACAGUCAACGUUGAAAGCAUUGACAGUAAUACAGGACAAAAGAUAUCAUUUAAUCGCAACAUCUUGCAGAAUCACCCACAUGACAUCGUAGGAAAGUGGUUCUUUCGUUUAGAGACGUCAACGGGAACCGCGARGGCAGAACAGAAAUGCAGAGAGUGGUUUAAGAAGCAGCCAGAUCCGCGACCUUUUCUGGAAUACCUCGAGCCUUGUCCUUGUACUAGUCGACAGGCCUGGUGGGAUGAAAGAUUCAUCCCUGAAGCAAAMUGGUGGCGGAAAUCCCUUCCUUGUGCAUAUUCAACAUUUGCUUCGGUUGACGGAUGGGAACAGAAGUGUUGUUAUUCCUCUAAUUGGGGGGCCCUCAUUGUUGGAUUUCCAGGCGGUGGCACACCCCAUAGAUACAAUCGYAUGCAAUACGGUGACCAUUUUGAAAGCGACGUUAGAAGUUAUGAAUGGUGCUGUGUACAAUCUGCCYUGUGUCAUUUGUAUUAUGAAAAGCGACCGUCAGGAGACUGCAGUCAAUAUGAGCCUCCUGCUUGGAGUUGGAUCUGGGGAGAUCCUCACUUUGUCAGUCUCGAUGGAAGAAAYUACACAUUUAAUGGUCUUGGUGAGUAUGUCAUGAUGGAUGCAAAGGAUGGCUUCUUCCAAGUUCAAGCUCGAACGAGACUUGCAAAAGGAGACGGUACUGCAACUGUGUUUUGCGCUGUGGUGGCGAGAGAAAGAAAUACAAGCAAGGUGCAAAUGGAAUUGGAAAACGAAGGUAACAUAACACUAUUAGUUGAUGGAGAGGCAUAUGAUUACUACAGCCUUACUAACCAAUCCWUAAGAAUGAACGGGUCUGUCGUCAUCUCCCGUCCUAACGACAACGCAUUCAGAGCAACAUUCCCAUCUGGAAUCUCASUUACUGUAACAGARAUAAAGGGUGCCCUGUCCAUCUUACUGGCAAUGCCCAAAUCGUUCAGGAACCACACAAAAGGGUUGUUAGGGACCUGGAAUGGGGACCAAACAGAUGAYCUGACAACACCAAGUGGACUUGUCUUACCUGCUAAUGCAAGUAGCAAGGAUAUUCASUUCCAGUUUGGACAGAAAUGGCAAGUGAACGAUAGCACCUCCUUGUUUACAUAUGACGCUGGCGAAAACGUUUCAACGUUCUCAAAUACAUCAUUUGUGCCAAUGUUCAUCGAAGAUUUAAAGUUCUACAACGAGUCCCUGAAACAACAAGCUUAUGCUGCUUGUAAUGGUGACAUUAAUUGCUUGUUUGAUACUGCUUCAACCAAAGACCUCUCGGUUGGAAUUAGCACCAAGAUUGUUGGAUCUCAAAUGGUUAAUGAAUCCAGCACACUGAAAAACUCCCCUCCUGCAUUUCAAAAUGGAUCGUCUUUGGAUAUUUACGCGAAGGUCAACAGAACUGAACUAGUUACUUUCCAGGCUAAAGAUCCUAAUGGUGAUGCCAUGGAGUUCAUUGUUACGGGUUUACCUGACAAGGGCAUCGUGAAARCAAGCAAUUCAUCUGUAACCAUAGUAUGGAAUGUUACAACCAAAGCUGUUCAACUGGAAGUGAUCGUCAAAGAUAGCAAGGGGGCUAAYUCUGUUUUAAGACCGAUGCUACACGUUUGCGCAUGCCACAAUGGUGGUGACUGYUUGACAAGUAAUCAAGAAGAAAAUCGUAAYAACAGUCGUUUUAGCAUYAUGUCUUGUCAUUGUCGAAGUGGCUUCACKGGCCGAUUCUGUGAGAGUGAUAUUGAUGCAUGUGAGRUCAAUAUGAASCCAUGUUACCCUGGAGURCAGUGUAAAGACUUACCAGCUCCUGCUAAUGUUACGGGAUAUGAAUGUGGACCCUGCCCGCCUGGAUUUACGGGUAAAGGGGAAUCUUGUUCAGACAUUGAUGAGUGUGAUGGCUCCACACACGGCUGUUCCCAAGUGUGUGCUAACACACCUGGAUCAUUUGCAUGUGAUUGUAACCAUGGCUACCUGUUGAACAUUGAUGGCCGCAGUUGUGACGAUGUGAACGAGUGCGAUCCAGCCAGUGACUGUAUGCAAGGAUGUGUGAACACUCCGGGUAGUUACAGAUGUACCUGUGACAAGUACUUUACAGUAGAUCCUACCAAUCCCAAGAGAUGCAUACGUAAGUGAUUGUACUGGA